AGCCGGAAUGGGGUGUUCUGUUCUGUAGGUUGCUCUGCAGAGCUGCUUCUGGAGGGAAACAGAGGGGCUGGACACAGGAAUUCCAGGUCACAAGGGCUCCUGUGCCAGAGCACAGUCUUGGCUGAGUUGGGCUGGGCUGGUAUUCCAACCUCUCCCUCUCACGGUCAUGAGCAUGACAGAGGUAGAGUAGGACGAGAGUGGGAAUAAACAUAUUUGGAAGAGGGGAAUUGCGUUUCAUCACAUACUGGGGGAAACCAAGAGACUAGUGUUUUACUUUCAGGGGUGGACUUCUGGCCCGACCCCCUCAUGAUGGGAUCCUCUGUGGAGUUUGCCUGUUUGUUGCUGGUGGUUUCCACGCUGGGAAAGAACCACUUGGUGUCUGGCGGUUGUUCAGGUAAAUGCUGCCAGAGCAGAGACUUGAGCUGUUUGACCACUGACUGGAGGAUGGACCGUGUGUAUGGGACAUGCUACUGCGACAAGGGCUGCGUCAGGACCAAGGACUGCUGCUUCGACUACUUCAAAGAGUGUCCAGCUCAGGACUGUGCUGUGAGCGACUGGAGCUUUUGGAGCGGCUGUGCUAAGCCCUGCCAGCCCUCAAUACGAGUCCGUGUCCGUCACGUAGAGCAGCAGCCUAGUAACAGCGGAGAGCCCUGUCCCAGCCUGGAGCAACAUGCCGGCUGCAGGGAGUACAGAGACCACCAGGGUAACCACUGUGGACUCAACUCUGGUCCUGCAUUCAUCACCAGCAUGGAGUUUGGCAAAGGAAGGCCCAAGCAUGACAGCUAUGGAAACCCCCUGGACCCUGGGUUCUGUGUGGAAUUCACACUGGAAUCCCGGACACCCCACUGUACUGUGCAGAACCGGCCACACACACACUGGAUGCGCUACAUAACAGAAGGCUUCAAAGUGUGUGUGGCAUGUGAGCCUCCCGCCAUGCGAAACAAUAGUGGCAGCUGCCAAGGAGACGGUCAGGAAUCAGACAAAGAAGCGUUGCUCCACUGGCAGGCGGUGGGGAACCCUCAGUGCCGUGGGACGUGGAAGAAGAUCCAGAAAACCCAGCGGUGCAACUGUCCACCUCAGCACAGCUUCGUCUUCAUCUGAUCCAAACAAAACACCACAGAACUGCGCUCUGAUCUGGUGUCCACAAAAACAUUUCACAGCCAAGCUCCCCCUCGCUCUGAGGAGCUGACACAGUGUGCGUUUGGAUCAGAUGCUUCCAAUACUAAGAAGAGACUUAACACUUGAUGGCGGUGCACUGCAAUUACCGGUAUGCCUCUAAUAAAUAUGCUACACCUUGAUAUAAAGGCAUUUUCAAAUCACUAUACACAUUUCCAUUGCCGUGUGUAAUUUUGUAGUAUACUGUGUAAAGACACUGUAGUCCAGUAUUUCACAUUUUCCCAGUACACAUUAAGCACAUAUCAGCUGAUUUUGUAAAUUUUUAUUGUAACAAGCCACUGUUGUUUUCAUUUUUGUAACAAUUUUCUGUCAAAGCUAUUUAACUUAAAAUUAUAAAAAAAUAUAUUUUA